AUGGAAGAAAACAACGUGGGAAAACACGAGCAACGAGGUCAGCACCCUCCGGAAGAGCUAAAUGUGAAUCCUGAAGAGAACUCCUCAACGAAAAAAGAUACGAGCGAAAUUCAAGCGCUGACGAUAGCAUUGAAGGAAGCCCUUACCACAAGAGGAGGACCAGUAGCUCAGCCAAAGUAUAUCCACGAGCUACCUGUUGCAUAUUAUAAAAUGUAG